UAACCGAUCUAGAAGCAUAUCAUGAAGUUGCAUUCAUUUGGAAACAUCGUUAAGUGAAGUUCGUACACCAUAGUAAUAGUUUGAAAACUAAAACAUUGACUUAAAUUGAAUUGAAAUUCGGCGAAUUUUCAACGAACAAGUUGAGUGGUUAUGGGCCCUCUUUUCCAAUAGCAAGACGAUAAAAUUUACCCAACAGAAAAAAUAUACAAAAAUCUAGUUUCGUCAGCUCUCGUUAACUAUUGCGGAUCAAAAAUGAAAAGGAUCUGUGCAGCAAUUGUUCUGGGAUUUUUCUUAGGCGUUUGGGGAUGUGGACCAUCGACGCCAAGCGGACCGUCCUGUGAUUUUCCGCACAAGGGCAAUGGGGGAAUUUUGGACCAGAACGGAAAUUAUACAAAAGACGCUCAUUUUGCGUGGAUUGAUGUUGCAAAAAAUUGUUUUGCAUUUGUCACUGAUCCGAAAGGCAGUGAUGCACUGAACACAUGGAUUAAUGCAUCACAUAUAUUUAACGAAGCAAUGAAAAGGGACGAUGAAGAGGAAGCAUUUAAUCAGUUUUACAUAUGCAAUGACGCUUUCAAAGAUGUGGCUCCGUUUAUUAGCAAAUGUGAGCUUUCAAGUUAUUUUAGAAGAGUUCACAGAGAGUUUGGAACUAUUCUUGACACAAAGAAUAUUUCAAUUAUACACCAGUACAUGGUUGAUGCAUUUCCUCAAUUUAAAGAGAAGCUGGGUUGUUAAAAUGUUGGCAGGUACUAUUUAAAAUGUUAAUAAAUGACCCUACCUGGUAAGUCUAGACAAUUAACAAUGAAUAACUUUUGAUUUUGUUGUGACUAACCGUAAGAUCCUAUUUAACAAUUAGUUAUAGAAGGGUUACAAAAAACACUGUUUUUUGAUCUUACAAUUAACAAUGAGGCACAAGAUUUAACGGUUUUUUCUUAAUUAAAGUUACUCUACCG